AUUAAAAUCAAAAUGAACCCAGGAGAAGAAAUAAUGAUUACCUAUGAUUUUAAGGACCGAAUUUAUAAUGUUAAUGGAAGUUCUGUGUUUCAUCAACGGCUUCAAGGUGAUUCAAGAUUCUGUGAGGAAUACUUUGGAAGUUUAAAGACCCAAUUCCCAGAUCAAGGAAACAAAGAAGAUAUUGGUGACAACCCUAAACAUUUUCCCCAAAUACCUCUUCCCGUUACAAGUAAUGAUUGUCCAUCAGAAUUAAUUACAAGCAACCUCAUAGAUAACAAUCCCGAUGAAUUUAAAUGGACGAGGCAAGCAACAUUACUUCUGUUAAAUUUGUAUAAAGAAAAAAAUUAUCUCUUUCGGAAUUCCAAAAUGAAAAAUAAGGAUAUUUGGCUUCAGAUAUUAAAGGAAUUUAACAACCGAGGUUAUAAGUCUGUAACCAUAGAGUUAUUGGAUAGGAAGAUGAGGAAUUUAAAAAAGACCUACAAAGAUAACAAAGAUAAAAAAAAUAAAACUGGAGAAUCAGCCAUAACUUGGGAAUAUUUUGAAACUAUGGAUGAUAUUUUUUUUAAUGAUAAAACUAUAAACCCAACAUCGAUUAUAUCAACAAUGGAAUCAGUUUUAAAAGAUUCCCAAGCCACUUUAAACUUUGAAACCUGCCCAACCAUUCAAAUGUCAGAGGAUCCAAGUUCAAAAUUGGAAAACAUACAAAAACAAAGUAUUAAAGUUAGUAGUAAACCAAAAGUGGAUGAAAACAAACAAAAAGAAACUGAUAGUCAGAAAGGCAAACAGAACUAAGCAGCUUUAUGAUCAUAGAAAAAAAAUCCAAGAAAUAGAAAGUCAAAGAUUAGAAGAAGUAAAAAAACUGAGAGAAGCUCUAGAGAGAAACAAUGAGAUACAACAAGAAAGAAAUCAAAUAUUAAGGCAAAUCUUGGAAAAAUAAGUUUACAGCUCGGUCUACAGUUAGUGUUACUUAGAUUUAAGGUUGUGUUACCUACUAAUUUAGUUCCUAUUUGAUAUGUUAUUUUUUAUUUAUUUUAGUUUCUAUUUAAACUGUUGUAUUUAGCGUUAAGAUGGGGUUCUGACAUUUUUCAACAAGUUCAAAGUUUUGAGAAAGUAUUUGCAUUUUUCUUGUUUGAAGAUUGUAAUUUUUUUACAAAAAUAUCUGAUAACAUUUUUUGGGAUAUUUCUUUUUGUAUAGUGACCAUGCAAGAUAUAAUUUAAAAUUGCCCCAAUUUGAAAUUAAUAAAUUGGUGAAAAU